AUGAUCUAUUUUUAUUUUGAUCGUCAUUCAUUUUGCCUUAUUUUCUUUUCCCUUAUUUUUCUGUAUUUCUUCAAUUUGAUUAGGUUGUUCCUUUUUUCUUCAUUUUAUCCUUUAUUUAUUCAUUUUUCUUCAUUUCAGUUUUGUUCAUCAUUCUUAUUUUUUUCACGACCGUCUUUUUUUCAUUAUUUGUUUUCAUCAUUUUUUUUUUACAUUUUCUCCGUCACUCUUUCUACUUUGAUUCACUACUUUCUUCAUUUUUCGUUAAUUCAUGAUCUCUUUCAUUUUUGGAAUUUUUUAAUUUUCAGUAAAAAAUUCUUCUUUCUUUUCAUUUUUUUCUUUUUUCUAUUUUCACAGUUUUUUUUAUUCUUCUUUUUUCUUUUUUCCUUCAUUUUUUUUAUUUUCCUUUUCUUUUUUUAUUUUCAUUUAAUUUUUUUUAUUUUCUUCAUUUUUUUUCUUUUUUUUAUUUCUUUUAUUAUUUUUUUUCAUUUUUUUUAUUUUUCAUCUUUUUUCAUUCUUUUAUUUUUCAUCUUUUUUCAUUCUUUUAUUUUUCCUCUUUUUUCAUUCUUUUAUUUUUCCGCUUUUUCCUUCUUUUAUUUUUCCUCUUUUUUAUUCUUUUAUUUUUCAUCUUUUUUCAUUCUUUUAUUUUUCAUCUUUUUUCAUUCUUUUAUUUUUCAUCUUUUUUCAUUUUUUUUUUGGUCUUUUUUCAUUUUUUUCUUUUUUUCCCUUUUUCCUUUUUUUUAUUUUUUUAUUUUUCAUCUUUUUUUCAUUUUUUUAUUUUUCAUCUUUUUUUCAUUCUUUUAUUUUUUAAUUUUUUCAUUCUUUUAUUUUUUUUUUCAUUCUUUUAUUUUUAUUUUUCCUUCUUUUUUUUUUUCUUUUUUUUUUUUUUUUUUUCAUCUUUUUUCAUUCUUUUAUUUUUCAUCUUUUUUCAUUCUUUUAUUUUUCAUCUUUUUUCAUUCUUUUAUUUUUCCUCUUUUUCAUUCUUCACGUGUCUUUUUUUUUUUUUUUUUAUUUUUUUUUUGUUUUUCCUUUCUUUCGUAUUUCUUUCUUUCUUUCUUUCUUUCUUUCUUUUUCGCUCUCUCUCUUUCUUUCUUUCUUUAUUUUGUUUGUGUUGUUUGUUUAUUUCUUUCGUUCUUUCUUACUUUUCUUUCUUUUGUUUGUGUUUUCGUUCUUUCGUAUUUUUCUUUCUUUCUUUCUUUCUUUCUUUCUUUCUUUCGUUUUUCGUUUAUUUCUUUCGUUCUUUCUUUCUUACUUUUGUAUUUCUUCAUUUUUUAA